AUGCCUCAAAACGAAUAUAUUGAACAACAUAUUAAACAACAUGGUCGUCGUUUAGAUCAUGAAGAAAGAAAACGUAAGAAGUUGGCAAGAGAAGGCCAUAGAGUUGCUAAAGAUGCUCAAACCUUAACUGGUUGGAGAGCUAAACAAUUCAACAAGAAACGUUAUGCUGAAAAGGUUGCUUUGAAGAAGAAAAUUAAAGCUCAUGAAGAAUCUAAAGUUAAAGGUCCAACUGCUCCAGUUGAAGACGAUGGUGAAGCUUUACCAACUUAUUUAUUAGACCGUCAAGAUCAAAAUUCAGCAAAGGCAAUCUCUUCAUCAAUUAAACAAAAAAGAAUGGAAAAAGCUGAUAAAUUUUCAGUUCCAUUACCAAAAGUUCGUGGUAUAAGUGAAGAAGAAAUGUUCAAAGUUGUUAAAACUGGUAAAUCUAAAUCCAAAGCUUGGAAGAGAAUGAUCACUAAACAUACUUUUGUUGGUGAAGGUUUCACAAGAAGACCUGUAAAGAUGGAAAGAAUUAUUAGACCUUCAGCUUUAAGACAAAAGAAAGCUAAUGUUACACAUCCAGAAUUAGGUGUCACUGUAUUUUUACCAAUCUUGGCUGUUAAAAAGAAUCCUCAAAGUCCAAUGUAUACACAAUUAGGUGUCUUAACUAAAGGUACCAUUAUUGAAGUCAAUGUUAGUGAAUUGGGUAUGGUUACUGCAGGUGGUAAAGUUGUUUGGGGUAAAUAUGCACAAGUUACCAAUGAACCGGAUAGAGAUGGUUGUGUCAAUGCUGUCUUAUUGGUCUAA